AUGGCCCCAGCCAGUGAGAAGCACUCGUGGAGGCUGUCUCUGCGUCGGAAAUCCAUUACCCUUCAUGUGUUGGUCGAGCCUUUUCUAGUCCCGUACGUCUUAGCGUUCCAGCCGGAGGUGGUGGAAUCCGUAUCCCCACUUUUCAUUGGAUUUAUGGCGUGUGAAGGAGUUUUCGCCAUGGAUUUGUAUAUCCAAGCGCACACUGGAUUUUACUCCGACGGGAAUCUCAUUCGAGACAAGAAACUCACACGUCGUACCUACCUAAGGUCGGUCCAGUUUGUAAUGGAUAUUAUCGCGCUACUUCGAUGGUCCAGAAUUCCGCAGUUCGUGUCGAGUCUGGACGAGUUUUACGCCAAAUAUUUCGUAGUUUUAAAGCUGCUUAAAGUACUGGCGUUUACGGUGUUUUUGGCCCACGUCCAAGCGUGUAUCCGUCAGUAUCUGGCGUCCAUGUUCUGGAGUUUCGGGAUCAUGACGGGGUUAUUCGAGGGAGAGCUCCCGCACCACAGCAUCGAGUUCCUGUUCACAAUUCUAGUGGCGUUGUGUGGAUUUUCCAUGUUUACGACUCUCUGCGCGACGAUUUUCGUCAUUUCCAAGUGCGAAAGCGGCCAAACGGAGGCCAUGGAGGCGCGGAUUAGCCAGCUCGUUCAUGUUUUGUCCUUCCAUCGCGUCCCGGAAGAUCAACAAACCCAGGCGAUUGAAUAUCUAAAGCGCUAUUACACCGAUACGGAAUCCCACGACCGCGAGACUUGUAAACUGCUGUGCCCGUCGAUCGCUAAUGACAUCCAAGUGGAGCUUUGGAAGGCAACCAUCGCGGAUAUUUCCAUCUUUGAAGGGUGCACCGACCAGUUUAUCGUGGCCAUGACGAGUCUACUGGAAAUGGUCGCGUUCCCCGCCCAGGCCACAUUAUUUUCCACAGGGGAUCACGGAGAUGCCAUGUAUGUGGUCCACUCUGGAGUUCUCGCUAUUAACAUCAACUCGGCUAUGGUCCGCGAGAUCCGCAAAGGCUCCUGCUUCGGAGAACUCUCGGUCUUUUCCUCCAUGCCACGUACAGCCACAGUGAUCUCGACAACCUAUUUCUACAGGGAUAUCCAGAAUGCGCUUCCCUGA